AUGGAUUGGAUUCACUGUAAUAAAUGUUUUUCACAAUUAGAACCAGGGAUAACACUGCAUCUCACAUCAUGUGGUCACAUGUUCUGCAACAAUUGUUUGGGCAACGGUCUAAAAGACAGCACGUGUCUAGUAUGUCGAAUGCCGUGUUCUGCUAUGAAAUUAGUGCCAGACAUGAAACAAGAAAUCCAAGAUUACUUCACUGAUCCUGAAGAGUUGAUAAAGAAGUCUUGCGAUGUGAUACAGUUUCAAAGGCAGCAUAGAAGGAGAUUGCUCUCUUAUCUAUUACAAUCGACAAAAAAGUUUUACGCGGCACGCAAUGAACUGAAGCGUGUGACUGAAAUGUGUCAAAAGCAACACACGCAAUUAAAAGAGUACCACAAAAGAAUUAAGGCGUUGGAAACGCAACUAGCAAACCAAUCGAGCAGACAAGUAUCCCCUUUCAAUAUUCCGAUAUCGCCGACAAAUAACAUAUCGCCAAGCUUCAUUCAAACGACACCCACAUGCAAGAGACCUACAAAGAGCACCCCAUACUCUACUCAUCACUAUCAGUCUAACCUCUUGACUCCCUCACGGAUAAGCAAGCAGAGGUCAGCGAAUUUCAGUGCACACAGUCAGAAGUCGAAUACAUCAAACAAAAUUUCUUCGACGGUUUUCACACCGCCUACGCCGGAGUCGGUCGGAUAUAACAACUUCUUAAAAAACCUAUUCUUCCUGAACGACUCCGGUGAAGAGUCAGGAUAUUCGUCAAACAGCCCGCAGAAAAUAUCACCCGUAGUAUUGUACUGUAACGGCUCGGGUCGAAAAUGUUUGUUGAAAGAAAAAGCUAUAAGUUUUUGUUGA